UCCAAUCAAAUCAUUCAGUGAAGGCGAAGGGGCGGGAGCAAAACAAGUGUGUUUCACAUGAGCUGUGCUGCGGUCGUCGUACGAUCCAGUUUACCGAAAUGGCGGAGACAGCGGACAUAAUGGAGGUGUCCCAGGGAGAGAGCUCAGCAAAACCUGCAGCAGAAGACAUGACCUCCAAAGACUACUACUUUGAUUCCUAUGCACACUUUGGCAUUCAUGAGGAGAUGCUAAAGGAUGAAGUUCGUACUCUGACGUACAGAAACUCCAUGUUCCACAACAAGCAUCUCUUCAAGGAUAAGGUGGUGCUGGAUGUGGGAAGUGGAACCGGCAUCCUUUGUAUGUUUGCAGCCAAAGCUGGGGCCAAGAAAGUUAUUGGGAUUGAGUGCAGCAGUAUAUCAGACUAUGCUGUGAAGAUCGUGAAGGCCAACAAGUUGGAUCACAUCGUUUCCAUCAUUAAGGGCAAAGUGGAAGAGGUCGAGCUUCCUGUGGAAAAAGUAGACAUAAUCAUCUCUGAGUGGAUGGGCUACUGUCUCUUCUACGAGUCCAUGCUUAACACUGUCAUUUAUGCGAGAGACAAAUGGCUGAAACCCGAUGGCCUGAUUUUCCCUGACAGAGCCACGCUCUAUGUCACUGCUAUUGAGGACCGACAGUACAAGGACUACAAAAUUCACUGUACGUGUCAAUCUCUGAAUGUAAUCGGGGGCUUUUCUGCUGUGUCUGAAAUAGGACACCAUUUCAUUUUUGUUUGUUUUACAUUUUUAGGGUGGGAGAAUGUUUAUGGCUUUGACAUGUCCUGUAUUAAGGAAGUGGCCAUCAAGGAGCCACUGGUGGAUGUUGUUGACCCCAAACAGCUCGUUAGUACUGCCUGCCUCAUUAAGGAGGUGGACAUCUACACGGUGAAGAUUGAGGACCUGUCCUUCACGUCACCUUUCUGCCUGCAGGUGAAAAGGAAUGACUACAUUCAUGCGCUGGUAACCUACUUCAACAUCGAGUUCACUCGCUGCCACAAGAGGACAGGCUUCUCUACUAGCCCAGAGUCUCCUUACACUCAUUGGAAGCAGACGGUGUUCUACCUUGACGACUAUCUGACGGUGAAGACCGGAGAGGAGAUCUUUGGCACCAUCAGCAUGAAACCCAAUGUCAAGAAUAAUAGAGACCUGGACUUCAACGUUGACAUCGACUUCAAGGGUCAGCUUUGUGAGGUGUCCAAGACGUCAGAGUACAGGAUGCGCUAGGUUCCUUUAGCAUAAGUGUGUGUGUGUGAGCAACAUCUCUGAGAGCAGUUCACACUUGUGUGUGUGAAACCGUGUACAUUUAUUCCAAACUGUGCAUGAUGGACAUUUUUAGAGAUUCUGUUUUACAGAAUAUUGUCUGACAAUAUAUAUAUUUUCUUUAAUAUGAACCCAACUGGACUAAACAUGGAAAAAAAAAUUUGGCCUUGCUUUUUUCCAAAUUCUAGGUGCACCAUCUUGGAUAAAAUCCCUUGGGUUUAUGCAUGUGCACAUAUGUAACUGCUCUCUUUUGCCUGAUUGACUGUGACAUGUCCUCCAUGUAUCUUUUUUUUUUUUUUUCUGCCAAGCCGACAUUUCUGUGUUGGUCACUGUAAAAAAUGUGGAUCCGCCAUAUGUUUUGAUAUUCCAUCUUAUAAAGCCAGCAUCUUCAAUGUAGGUCAAAUUUGUCUAGUCUCACUGUAGACACUAGCUAAUGAGCCCAUAUUGUUUUGUAUUUGUUCUGUACUUGGAGGCAGUUGAUUUGGACCAUCAGUAGAGGGCACCUCCAUCAUGUGCAGUUUGUCUUCAAUGGAGUAACAGUUUAAUUCAUGUAGGGCUCCCAUGUCCUCAUCUGUUAGCUUUUGUUCUUGUUGUGUUUUUUUUU